GAAGACCAAGCAGUGCCCCAGGACAGCAACAAGGAAAGCAGCAUCCCUCACCCAUGCGUUGAGAAACAUCGAUUAACAAGAAACAUGGGCACAUCAAACCAAGACAGCCUUAAAGAUAACAUSGUAGAAGGAGCCAGACUCUGUGUUUGACAGUYCAGUCGUACCCAGAAGUACUGGUAACUAACAACRAAACCAAAAUGGCGGAGAAUGGCGGAUGGAACAUAACCUGACGAAGUUUAURCAACUUUGUUUUCCUUUSGUUAUUCAUGGGCAAGCAUARAGGAAAAGGAAAGGGAUCCCAUGGAAAAGGCAAAUUGAACAAAAGCUUAAGAUAUGAAGAAGGCGCAUCCUUAGAAAAUGAAGACGAAGCUUCGGGAAGUAGUUUUGGAAGAGGUUUGCCCUUUCCUUUGGCAAUGUGGGAUUUGGAACACUGUGAUCCAAAAAAGUGUUCAGGCAAAAAGCUCUCAAGACAUGGUUUUGUAAGAACACUAAGAAUAUCACAAAAGUUCAAAGGACUAAUCCUCAGUCCAGUAGGUACCCAAUGCCUUUCACCUGAAGACAGAGAGAUUGUCUUAGAGCAUGGUAUUGCAGUUAUUGAUUGUUCAUGGGCCAAGCUUCAGGGAACGCCAUUCAAGAAAAUGCAUGGUGGAUUUCCAAGGCUUUUGCCAUAUCUUGUUGCUGCUAAUCCAAUCAACUAUGGCCAUCCUUGCAAACUUUCUUGUGUUGAAGCAUUUGCAGCUACACUUUACAUCACAGGUCUAGAAGAAAUUGGCAACCAAAUAUUAAAAAUCUUCAAAUGGGGGAAAACUUUCUAUACUUUAAACAGAGAGCUGCUGGAUUUAUACGCCUCUUGUAAAAACGGUCAAGAAGUCAUUGAAACUCAGAAUAAAUGGAUUGAAAAAUGUGAAAAAGAAAAAUCUUCAGCCRAAUCUUCCUCAUAUGAUUUAACAGAUAUUAACAUGGAUCUUGAACAUUUUAAUCCAAAUAGAGAUGUCCUUCAGCAUCAAAGGAAAUAUGACAGCGAAGAAGAGUCAGAUGAAGAUGAAAGCACUGAUAAUGACGAAGAGUGUAGAGACAAUGAUGAUGAAGCAAGUAAAGAACAGUAUGAUGAUGAUGAUGACAUUGAUAGUGAUGAUAACAAUCAUGAUAAACUAUCUGACGAUUCCAUAAAACCUGACAGCUGCACUGAUUGUAAUAAUGAAAUCAAGGAUACUGUGAAURUUAUUGAACCAGACAAAAAUAAAUAAUAUAAUUACAAUA